AUGGCCAAAAGAGACGUGGUGCUGAUACGAGACGGCGAGCACGUCGAGACGAAUCGCAACUGCGUCCCUCAGUCGGGCAAAUGGACCAGUCCAUACGACGGCCUGGUCUUCACCCAGGGCCACAAGCUGGACAUUGAUCACUUUGUGCCUCUGAAAAAUGCGUGGAUGUCCGGAGCGUCCGAGUGGACAGACGAGGAGAGAGAGGCCUUUGCCAAUGACUUGGUCCGCCCGCAGCUCUGGGCCGUCUCUGCUCACGCCAACCGGCAAAAGGGGGACAAGGGCCCGGACAAGUGGAAGCCUCCCCUGGCGAGCUUCCACUGCACGUACGCCGAGUCCUGGGUCGGAGUCAAGGCCUAUUACAAUCUGACCGUUUCGGACAGCGAGAAGGGCGCUCUGGCGAGCAUGCUAGGUCGUUGCUGA